UUAUCCGGUAAAAGAAGAGAGAUCCUUCCAAAAAUGAAAUUAUUUGCAAUUAUUUUUGUGACCGCCUGUCUUCUGGUGACAAUCAUCGAUGCAGCUCCGGAAAAGACGCGUAUUGGCCAGAAAUCUCGUGCCAAGAACCAGGAUGCUCUGGUCGAUGUUGUCGCCAAACAGGAUCAGGAUGUGAAAGUUGGAAAUAGCCAGAGUGUUGGAGCUGCCGGAGCUGGUGCUGGUGUCAAGGAUCCAUCCAGUGGCCGACUCUUCCUCAAGAAAUUCCUCACCUUCAAGAAUCUGUUCAGUAGCAAUAAUCAGCCCGUGAUUCCGAUCAUUAUUACGGGAGCUGGUACGGGAACCACGACAGGAACCGCAAGCCCCACCAGCCCCACGGUGACUGUGACCUCGACGGGCACCAUUCCCACGGCCACCGGUACGAUCACCACCUCACCCACUUCGCCGACAUCACCCACUACGGCCUCCAGCCGUCAGCAGCAGUCGUAUGGAAAUGAUGAUGACAACCAGGAUGCCGAUCAGGAGCAACAGGAACAGGCUGUACAGCAGCCGGCUGCCGCCUAUCCCUCCGAUCUGAUGGACGAACAAGCACUGCAGGCCGCUCUGGCCGCCGGUGCUCAAGAAUACGAAGUAGUGACCGGGGAAGAGGUCCAGGGCACAGGACCGGUGAACGGAGCUGGCGAGAGCAAGGCCACCAGCAGCCAUAUCAACCUGCGCCGCAAGGGUGCACGCCGUGGUCAGGUGAUCAGUGUGAGGAUUCCGCCCAGGUAUCGUCGCUACUUCAAGAACGGCCAGAAGGUGAUGCUCAACACCGGCAGCCGUCCCGGUGGCAACAAGAGGCGUGUGGUGCGCAAGCGCGUUCCAGCCAAGAAGCUCAACAAUCGUCGUCGCGGCGGCAACAAGAAGAAUCGCAAGAAUCGCAACAAGAACAGGCGUACCCGCAUCAUUCCCGCCUAAAGGCCAAGAAAUCGACCAGGAAUCCUCAAGGAUUCGCACGGGCUUCCUUAGGGUAUCCUAUCCUUCAGCAACGACCGCUUUCUAGCAGAAGUAAUAUAUU